AUGGCCGCUAAGGGUACUGAUGGGACGGUUAGCCGUACCGGCGAUCUUCAAAAAGAUGGGAUCUCCAUGGGGAUUGUGCCGGGAAUCGUGGAUUUGCGUCGGGAAUGGGAGAAUCUGCGAGCGGCGAAAUUGUUUUGCGAUGUAGAGCUUCGCGGUGCCGAAGCACAGUCGACAGGGAUUCCGUGCCAUCGCAGUGUCCUCAGCGUGAACAGUGCGUAUUUUCGCAACAUGUUUCUGUCGGGAAUGAAGGAGUCCACACAACAAGUUAUCCAACUGCAAAAUAUCUCCCACACUGUUCUGUCCCAGUUGAUUGACUAUUGCUACAUGUCGGAAAUUCUCCUCAGUGAAAGUAACGUGCAGUCACUGCUAACAGCGGCUUCGUUUCUGGACAUUGCCACGUUCGUGGGAACCUGCUGGAAUUCCAUGGAUGAUCACAUGCACGUCAAGAACUGUCUGAUGCUGUUUUGCUUCGCUGAUUCCGAUGCGCACAAAAAUCCUGUUUUAGCCGACAAGGCCAAAGGAGUGGUCCUGAAGCAUUUUGUUAGCAUCUCGGAAGGGACAGAAUUCUUGGAGUUGCCGAAAAAUGUGAUUAUCGACCUGAUUCGCUGCGAUGCCUUGUGGGUGACGUGGGAAGACGAUGUCUUUGACGCCGUUAUUCGAUGGCUGCAUCAUGAUUUCGAGCAUCGACGCUGCCAAGCUUGGGAGACGUUGCAGUACAUUCGGGCGUCGUAUCUGCGUCCACCGUGUCAUGACAAAUACAUGCAGGCCAGUAUUAAGGCAUUCGUCGAUUAUUCUGGCACAGAAAAAUCUGUAUGUUCGUCAGAAAAGGUGAACGUGUUGCCGGGAUAUAUCGACGCGAUAUCCUCCUCCCGCUAUAUAGCCAGAACGUCCUAUGGUUUGGAGAACAUGAUCGUCUGUGCCGGCGGCCAUCGCGAUAACAGCUUGAACUCUCUGGUGGAGAGCGUGGAAUGCUUCAGUCCACGCACUUCCAGGUGGAGGAAACUGACUCAGCUGCCAUACAGCAUAGCCGAAGGAGGGCUAGUGGUCGUUCAAGACGACUUGUUCGUCUGUGGCGGCAUCAUUGGCCAUCGCAACGGUGACGUGACGUCAAGGACGAUUCGCCAUAGCAGCGCUCGAACCGGCUGGACCGAGGCGGCUCCCAUGCAAAUUAACCGAGGAAGUGCGGGAAUUGUUGCUGUUGGCGACCACAUUUAUGCCAUUGGUGGACAUAUCUCGGAUGGCCACACCUUAUCCACAGUGGAGCGCUACAGUGUGCUCACCAAUCAGUGGACGUUCGUGGCAUCCUUGCCCGUACCUUUAAAGAAGUGUGCGGUCGUCAGUACCGCCGGUCAAAUCUUCACGUUCGGAGGUUGCACGUCGCAUGUUUUCCCGGCCAAUGCUACUGAUUCUGUGUUUUGUUACGAUCCGAAAGCGGACGUAUGGACUAUGGAGUGA